AUGCUCUCUACCAGCAACAUCAUAAAACUAAAACCUAACCCUCCCUCUACCUACCCAGGCAACCUCCUCCCAAUAAUGUACGAAGAAAUGGAAUACGCAUUGGACCAAGAACUGGGCAACUCACACGAAUGGCGCCCCCUACCCCCCCUCCCCACCCUCCUCCGCAUCAUCGCCCUCGUCUCCGGCCGCAUCAACAUCGGCCUCCCCCUCAGCCGCUCCCCCACCUGGCUAACCCUAUACACCAAAUACCCCUUAACAAUGAUGUCCUCAAUCUCCUCUCUGAUGAAAUACCCAGCUGUGCUCCGCUCCCUAGCACAGCACUUCAUCCCCUCGCUCCGCGAACUCGACUCCAUCCGGAGCGAAAUCACCACCCUCCUUACGCCAGAAUACGAAGCUAUUCUCUCAGAGAAAUCAGACAGAAAUACCAUGAUUCGCUGGAUAUGGGAUAACUCCGAGGAGCACGAGCGGACAAUAACCUACCAGAGCCACGUGCAGGCGAUGAUGUCCAUUGGGACGGUGUUGGCGAAUGCGGCGGCCGCGGCGCAGUGUCUGGUGGAUUUGGCGGAGCAUGGGGAGGAGAUGGUGCCGUUGCUGAGGGGGGAGUUUGAGCGAGUGGUGGGUGGUGGUGAUGGGAUAAGUAAACAGGCGUUGAGCUCGUUGAGUAUGAUGGAUAGCUUUGUGAAGGAGUCGCAGAGGGUUAGGCCGCCGGGGGCGGGUGAGUAUUGCUUCCAAUAUAUUACAUUUCUGAGUUUACCAUCUGACAAUGUUGGUAUGAAUGAUAGUCACCUUCGAACGCAAAGUCCUGGAACCUUUCACUCUCCCAGACGGUACGCAACUCAAGGCAGGUGA